UAUAACUGCCUAAAGAUGUACCAUGUGUUUGUCGUGGAUAAGUCCCAACAGGAGUACGCCAAGAUGUACGAAAAAAUUCUAGAAUCGUUUGCAGUCAAACACGACGAAGUUGCAAGAGAACAAGCAGCGUUGGAGAAUGAAAUAAGCGUUCUGCGCAACAAACAUCGCGCCAAAAGUGAAGAAGUUGCCAACCUCCUGGUGGAACUCCAGCAAGCCGAAGCAGACGUAAGCAAGCAGUUCAGCUACACGGUUCUAAAUGCUGCGAAAAUGGUCGAACGAUUCCUCAAACGCCAGCGGAUGCAGCUGACACGUUUCAAGGAAAUGCAUCUUGCUUACAUAAAAUUGCGAAACAAGAACAACGAAGCGCAAGAUACUUUGGAUUCGCUUGAUAACUUGGGCCCCAACUGCCGCCUAAUCGACUACGAACAGCUGAAAACGGAUAACAGGAACCUUUACGAAAAGCUGGAGGAGAAGGAAUUGUACUUAAACUCGUUAAGACAGGAGUGUCGAAACGUGAUGCAGAUCUUGGCUCAUACGAGGGAAAAGACGAAUGUUGUGAAUUUGGACAUUAUGAAGUAUCAGGAGCAGCUCGAUUUGGUGUUAGCAGAUGGCAUGGAAGCACGGGAACAGUUGAGUAUGAUGAAGCAUGAGAGGGAUUACAUCAGGCGGCAGAUAAAUAAACUAAAGCUUGAGACUGGUUUGCUUGGACGACCAAAACUGUUAAGGGAUUUGGAAAGGUCGAUGGAAGAAGUGGAGGAAGGGUUGGAUCAACUAGAGGAGUAUAAAGAAGCUUGUGAGGUGGCAUCUGAAACCAUGGUAGCUGUGAGGAAAUAUAUUAGCAGAUUGAGCGAGACAGGGGAGUCAGGAAAGAUUACGAAAAGAAUUCAGUUCUGAGCAAGUGGGUUUUAGAGAAUGUAAUGUAGGUGUUAAUAAAUUCGCUAGCUCUUUAA